AUGUACACUCGGAAUUCCACUGGACGAAAUGUAGGUACUCGUGUUGAUCUCGAGACCGCGAAAACUUCGCGGCUGAGCCCAUCAUUUCUCUCAGGUGCUGCAGCAAGCCAACUGCGGCGUCUGGAUGCAACUAGAGGUGGAAAAAAACUCUCCACUUCAACACGUUCGAGUGCGAGACCUAGGUCUCGAGAAUUCGAAUUCCUUCUUGGAGAGACCUUAGAGCGUCUUCAGAAGUUACGCGGUUGGGAGACCGUGCGGCUAUUGCAGGCCUUAGUCAGUAUAGAGUCUUUGCAUGAGGAAACAGAGUUUCUCGAAUUGCUUGUGAGACACGCAGCAAAGCAUUUUUCGAACCUAGAUGCCCAAGCUUUGGCGAUCUUUUUAAGGCUUCAGGUAAUCGUCCAUCUCCAGAAGGAGCAUCCAACCACUUGGGGCCUUCCUCCAAGGGAAAAGCAAGCCCAGGAUGUGAAACUCAAGAUGGACGAACCCAGAGAGCUCUAAUGUUUCUUCCAUUGUUUUUCAAAUUUGCGUCUCCAGCGACCCAGAGUGCCUUCGCGCCUCAAUUUGACUCCAAAUUCCGGAAAAAAGUAUAUGGAUGGCAAUGUGCGGAUCGCAUUGUGCGAGCAGGGUUUCAGUUAGCAGUCCACGAUCGGAUGCCCUUGAGUACGUUGAAUUUGUGGCUCUUCCGACUGCACAAUUUGCAGAAAACCGAGAAUGAAAACAGCAUAGUCAAGAUGAGCAUGAUUAUAGAGGAAGAUGAUCGUGAUGCAAAUUUGGAUGAUGAAGAACAAGAAGAUGAUCAAGGAAUUGCGCCUGAGAAGACACUGCAGGAGAGCGAGACGUCAGUUUUCGAUGACGAUGGAGAUAAAGGUGGCACACUUGCACUGCAACACCAGAACCAUGCUAAUGUUAAAAAAAAGAGAGCCUCGUCAACGAUGAAUACAGGCGAAGACGAGCAGCGCUUGUUGCUCUUAAAGACGGUCGCUGCGUGUGUAAAAAUGGACCUGAGAUGCUUGGAGGUUGAUGCAAGGUCAGUACUCGAAAAAGCUAGCUCAGCCUCUUUCCCACUGUCUAGAUUGCGACAAAUCGUACCAGAAAGACCGACAAAGUACGCUUUCGUUUACAACAGGUUAGCGGAAGAGGUUUCGAGGUUGAAGAUGAUCGAGAAAGUGGGUGAGGCCUCGUCUGCUGACGCAAAUGCUACAAACGAUGCAGAAAGAGAAGCAAACAACAGAAGCUGCACUCCAUUAGCUAGAGGCUCCAACUUCCAUUUUCCAACAACUAGCUCGACCUCGAGCUUCAUCUCCUCAGCCAGAUCUUCCAGUGAUGGGAAGACUAAGACUGUGCAGCCACAAUCACCACCACAAGUACUUCUCCGAGAAUGCACAAUAGGUCCGUUUUGGUGUUUGACUCCUUUCUCAACUAUGAGAACCGCAGACAUGAACAACAUUCAUCCUGUAGAAAAUGUUCUUGUCGAUUGGGAGCAGCCGUGGAGAUUAUAUCCGCCCUUUUUACGAAUUGAGGUUGAACAACACAUUAUCAGAAAGCGUGCAUGCUUGGAAGAGAAGGGUUACGAGCUGAUUUUGGUGCCGAAUGCUGAUCAUAUGGGGUGAACAAGUGCGCCACCUAGGUUCUGUAGUUUGUGCCAUCGGCAAGCAACAACGAGAAGCAUUUUCACAGACUGCAUUUCUUUUGGAUUUUUUUUUUGUGGAUGAUGCACCUGCAUAUAUUUUUUGGGGGUUGUUUCACAACAUAUGAGACAGACGCUUUCGUGGUAGUACUGCUUUAUUACUUCAAG